AGAGAGAGAGAGAGAGAGAGAAAGGCAGAGGGAGAGAGGGGGAGAGGGGAUCUGUUGCAGGCAGGGGAAGGCGUGACCUGAAUGGAGAAUGCCAGCCAAUUCCAGAGACACACAGGGACCUCAGAACAAAGAUAAGGCAUCGCUGACACCACAUCGGGGACGAGCUCACAGACAACUCAGGCCGGGGAGGACCAAGGCCAGGCAGCCAGGAGAACCCAAGGCAAGAAAAUGAGGUGGCUCCCUCUUUAUCAUGCUUUGUGCUUCUCCUUGUGGAAGGCUUUGGCCCACACUGUGGAGCUUAACAAUAUGUUUGGCCAGAUUCAGUCGCCUGGCUAUCCAGACUCCUACCCGAGUGAUUCGAGAGUGACUUGGAAUAUCACUGUUCCAGAAGGAUUUCGGAUCAAGCUUUACUUCAUGCACUUCAACUUGGAAUCCUCCUAUCUUUGUGAAUAUGACUUUGUGAAGGUAGAAACUGAAGACCAGUUGCUGGCAAUCUUCUGUGGCAGUGAGAACACAGACACUGAGCAUACCCCUGGCCAGGAAAUGGUCAUCUCCCCUGGUUCCUUCAUGUCCAUCACUUUCCAGUCAGAUUUCUCUGAUGAGGAGCGAUUCACAGGCUUCGAUGCCCACUACAUGGCUGUGGAUGUGGACGAGUGCACAGAGCGGGAGGACGAGGAGCUGUCCUGUGACCAUUACUGCCAUAACUACAUCGGUGGCUACUACUGCUCCUGCCGCUUUGGUUACAUCCUCCACACGGACAACAGGACCUGCAGAGUGGAGUGCAGUGACAACCUCUUCACCCAGAGGACUGGCGUGAUCACCAGCCCUGACUUCCCCAACCCUUACCCUAAGAGCUCCGAAUGCUUCUAUGCGAUCAGACUGGAGGAAGGUUUCAUGAUCAGCUUGCAGUUUGAAGACAUUUUCGACAUUGAGGACCAUCCAGAGGUGCCUUGCCCCUAUGACUAUAUCAAGAUUAUAGCUGGCCCAAAAGUCUUGGGACCCUUCUGUGGAGAGAAAUCCCCAGAACCCAUCAAUACCCAGACCCACAACGUCUCAAUCCAGUUCCGCAGUGACAAUUCAGGCGAGAACCGGGGCUGGAAGCUCUCGUACAAGGCAACAGGGAAGGAGUGUCCAGGGCUACGACCUCCUGUCCAAGGGAAAAUUGAGCCCUUGCAAGCCAAGUAUUUCUUCAAAGACCAGGUGCUGGUCAGCUGUGACACAGGCUACAAAGUGCUGAAGGAUAAUGUGGAGAUGGACACAUUCCAGAUCGAGUGCCUGAAGGAUGGCUCAUGGAGUAACGAGAUUCCCAUUUGUAAAAUUGCAGACUGUGGUGCCCCAGCAGAGCUGGAACAUGGACUGGUUACCUUCUCCACAAGAAAUAACCUGACCACAUACAAAUCUGAGAUCAGAUACUCCUGCCAGCAGCCCUACUAUAAGAUGUACAACAAUAUCACAGGUAUAUAUACCUGUUCUGCCCAAGGAGUCUGGACGAAUGAAGUACUGGGGAGAAGCCUGCCCACCUGCCUGCCAGUGUGUGGUCAGCCCUCCCGCACCCUGCCAAACCUGGUCAAGCGGAUCAUCGGGGGCCGGAAUGCCGAGCCCGGCCUUUUCCCAUGGCAGGCCCUGAUAGUGGUGGAGGACACCUCGAGGGUGCCAAAUGACAAGUGGUUUGGGGGUGGGGCCCUGCUCUCUGAGUCCUGGAUCCUCACAGCAGCCCAUGUGCUGCGCUCACAACGCAGAGACAACACAGUGACACCAGUCUCCAAGGAGCACAUCACUAUCUACCUGGGCCUGCACGACAUGCGGGACAAAUCGGAGGCUGUCAACAGCUCAGCUGCCCGAGUGGUGCUCCACCCCAACUUCAACAUCCAGAACUACAACCAUGAUAUAGCUUUGGUACAACUCCAGGAACCUGUGCCACUGGGACCCCGCGUCAUGCCCAUCUGCCUGCCAAGACCCGAACUCGCAGGCCCAGAGCCCCACAUGCUAGGCCUGGUGGCGGGCUGGGGCAUCUCCAAUCCUAAUGUGACAGUGGAUGAGAUCAUCAGCAGUGGCACUUGGACCUUGACAGAUGUGUUGCAGUAUGUCAAGUUACCCGUGCUGCCACACGCAGAGUGCAAAACCAGCUAUGAGUCCCGCUUGGGCAACUACAGCAUCACAGAGAACAUGUUCUGUGCCGGCUACUAUGAGGGUGGCAAGGACACAUGCCUUGGAGAUAGUGGCGGGGCCUUUGUCAUCCUUGAUGACUUCAGCCAGACCUGGGUGGCCCAAGGCCUGGUGUCCUGGGGAGGCCCUGAAGAAUGUGGCAGCAAGCAGGUCUAUGGGGUCUACACAAAGGUCUCCAACUAUGUGGACUGGGUGUGGAAACAGAUGGGCUCUCCUCAAGGUCUGGGGGAGCUCCAGGUGGAGCGGUGAGCUGACUGGCCUCCUCAGGGCCUGCCUGCCCUGCCUCAGCCCAAGUGAGGCUGACCCCACACUUCUGACAGCACACUCCAUGUUACUCACUGACUAGACCAAAUGGAAUGGAACAUGCUUCUCCCAUCCUCUGGGGACAGCCCCAGGACCCUGACAGGCAGCACAGCUGUAUGAAGGAGAGUCUCUACACAAAAGUCCUGGGACCAUGGCCCUGGGCAAGUCCCUUUCCCUCUCCAGGCCUCACUGUCCUCAGCAAUACAAGGGAGCUGGACAUCUGGGCCAGUCCUAGCACUCCUCUCCAGGACCGCUUUAUCCCAGUGGCCUUAUUCACUCCUAUUCACUUAUCAAGUCCACUGUUGCUAUAACUGGACCUGAUUGUUAGAAAAUGUUUCCUUACAUUGAACUGAACUCCAAGUCCAUAUAUUUUGCUAGCUCUGUCCUCUGGGCACAAACAAGUCUAGAUCCUCCUCUAGGAGAAAACCAUUCAGGUUUGGGGAGAUGGAGAUUAUACCCUGAGGCCCCUCUCUCCUAGUGAAAUCCCUGCAGUACUCUUAUCCCUGGGAUUUCUCUCCCAAAACUUCUUGUAGUCCAAGCUUUAGUCUUUAUGUUAUCUGUUAAAGGGACUUCAAGGGACAGAUAAAGCUGGGGAUGUCUGGAUGACUCGGGGAGGAGAAAAGCAAUGGGAGGCUCCCCAACCCUGUUAAAUUCCUAUUGUCAACUCAGAACUUGUUAUUUUGGACCACAUGUCACUCUCAAACACCAGCUGACUACAUGGGGUACUCCAGACAAGCAUGAAGCAACCUGCCAGCCUUGGAAUGUAUCAUCUGAAAAGGCUGCCUGAGCCCCAGCCCCAGACAUGGAGACUCAUCUGGAUUGCUUGGAAGAAGAGAAGGCCCAUGCUGUGCCCCGCUGUACUUCUGAGUAGGAAAACAAAAUAAGGGUGGGCUAAGGACACUAGGAGUGACCUCAUCCCACCAGGCUGCCCAGCAUGUCCAUGAUCUGAGCUCUGCAGAGAAUCCACCAGCAUGGAUGUUCAGAGGCAUGAACUCCUCCAGUUUCCAGGAGCCCGAAUAAAGGGCAGCAGAGAUUUGCCUGUGAAAGGCAGUGAAACGAGACGGAGAGCCAAGAGUCGUAAGCUCCAGCCCCAGCUCUAUCCCCCAAUGGCUGCAUAACCUUUGACAAAUCACUUUCCCUUUGGGAGCUCAGUUUCCCCAUCUAUAAAGGAAGGCAUUGGAUCUCCCUCAAGGUCCUUUUAGCUCCAGCAGUCAGUGCUUCCAAUUGCCAGCAGCCUCUCCAAGGCCUUCACAGGACCGACAGUCCUCCUGGGAUUUUCAACCAGAGACAGGUGGCCAGAGAAGUCCCAAGAGGGACUCCCAAGAGAACAGUUGGGAAGUGUCCACUUUUUUAAUGGGUUCAUGAAACCACACACCUGUGCCUAUGAGCGCUGCAUGUAGAGGAUGCUCUAUAUUGUAUAUCUUAUAUCACAAGCUCACCACUCUGUAAGGUGCCUCUGCACUCUGUGUCUCCUGUCAGGGAUCUAAAGUGGAAAUAAAACCUCUGUGGAUA